AGGGAAGCAGGCAAAGGUUUCAAAAGAACUAAAAUGCAGCGGGAAAGACAACAAGAGCAAGUUGAACAUGACGAGUCGAUGGAAGAAAAUGUGGGACCAUUGCCCAUCAACAAACUUGAGGUAACACGAUAAGCUAAAACUAAUGUACUGCACCAAAAGAGGGGAGAUUAUAUCUUAUAUCUUUUUAAGGAUAAAAGUUCGAAAAGAAAAUCUUAAUCAAGGCAGAAGGAAACUCUACGAACUGCGUAUUUUCUUAUUUAAGAACCGCGUUGCAUAAUUAAGCGUACUGAUAAUUAACAAAACAUCAUUCCAAGUUACUUUCUUGCAGCCAGAGGCAAACAGGAAUGUCUGCUCUGUCACCUGGCUGAAUGCUCAAACACUGUUGCAAAAAAUUGGUUUUUCGACGGUGUUAGAACGUGAAUAGAUGAUUUAUCUUUAUUGAAUGCUGGAUGUUAAGCAGCAGCAAUGGUGAUCCUUGAACCAGCAAAUUUUUGAUUGGCUAUUGGGUUGUAUAUUUACAGCAGCGUCAUAAGCCAGGGUUAAAGAUUCAAAAGACCAGUCAUGGUUUUAACUAACAUGAAAGGUACCCUUGUAAACAAAGCCCUAUGAUUGCUGGUCUUCUACUGACCCUGGUUGCUCAAAAUAUGGAUAGCACCAACGACUAUCCACCACAAAAAUCACUUUCAAAGGGUUCGAACAAAGAGGUUAGUUGGCAGGAAUCUGCUCUUCAAAGAAGGGUGGAGGGAGGAAUAAAAUGGAAUGUCCCUCUGUUACACAGUGUCCCAUAUCCAUCAUGGGAGUCUAACAAGUUUUAGUAAUUUCUGCUUUAUUUUAUUUGACAUCAGGAACAUGGAAUUAGUGCUACAGAUGUUAAAAAGUUACAAGAAGCAGGUUUCCAUACCAUAGAAUCAGUAGCGUAUACACCGAAAAAAGCCCUGCUUGCUAUAAAAGGAAUAAGCGAGGCAAAAGCAGAUAAAGUGCUCAAUGAGUCUUUUAAACUUGUACCGAUGGGUUUCACUACUGCCACUGAAUUCCACACACGACGAAAAGAACUCCUCAUGGUAACAACAGGCUCAAAAGAGUUGGAUAAACUUAUGCAAGGUAAGAUGAUUUCAUAUCUUAGUAGAAGUAAUACACAUUUAACACUUUUGAAACAUCAAAACACAAUACAGGGUGUCUGAUACCUUAGUUGAGAAAUAGGUUGACAAGCAAUGUUGUUGAAUGAAAAUUAGUGUACAAGUAGCAUGGGACAUCUCAUUGCUCCUACCUGCCAACAGUGUGGAAAGUCCCAAUAGCUGUAGUUAGUGAGAAUGAUGGCAGGUGGCUACAUUGUAAAUGUAUGCUGGUAAGCUACGUGAAAUACAUGACUUCCUUUGACAAUUAUUUUGAUAGUCAUUGUACUGUGCUAGGUAUUGAAGAUUUUGAAGAAAUAAUUCUUACUGGAGAUAUAAUAGAAACCAUCUCGCAGACAACAGAGCUAUGCUGUAGCACUUCCCAGUGGCCCAUCAGAGUGAGAUGAAAAUUAAAAAAAAUUACUGCUUGCCUUUCAGAAAAGCUGUGCUGAAGUUUCCUAGCCCUGGAGCCAUGCAGCUUUCCUACCAGUCCCCCUUUUCACUGACAUUUAAUUUUUCAAGGCAAAGGUUGCGUGCCUGUUGGGCUACUUAAAAUAAAAGCCUAGCCUGACAGGUUGCUUACUAGCCCUAGGCUAUCAGAAAGCACUUCCAACAUGCCCUGCCCAUGCUGACUCUUUUUUUUGCCCUUUGGUGACAAUAAAAUUCUACUUAAAAAUGUAUGGAUUUGAUCUGCAGGUGGCAUUGAAACAGGAAGCAUAACAGAAAUUUUUGGAGAGUUUCGUACUGGAAAAACACAGCUCUGUCAUACUAUGGCAGUAACGUGCCAGGUAUAACAUUUUUAAGAUUAACAGUGGCAUACAUGUACACCUCAGCUGUUACCAUGGUAGCAAAGGUUGCAAUACCCCUUAGAAUUUUGCCUAACUAAUUUAUUGUAUGAGCAUAUUUGGAAGAUUAACAGUAACCUUAACAGAGGCAUAUAUGCUUCUGCCUUUAAUAAACAUCUUGUGAUAGGCUCUAGAAGGUAACAUACAUGUACAUGUAAUACCUUAGGUAAUGUAGCCUAGUGUAGCACCCACCCCCCGACAAAGGAAAAACAGAGAGAGGGAGUGACGCUCCCUCACUCCAUUUUUCAUUUGUUGGGGGGAGGGUGCGGCUAUACGUAGGCCAUAGGUAAUGCUAUGAGGUGUGGGAUAUGCUGGUCUGUGAUGUCAUCCAAAAUGUUUUGUUCUUGCCUUCCUUGUGUUGAAUAGAUAACUACAUAAAAAUGGCACUUUUAGGACUAGGAUUUUAGGUUAUUUUUGAAUAGGAACUGGAAAAAAAAUUCCAUUUAAAUGGCCAUCACAUUGUCGUACUGUGUACUGCACAUGAUUGUAUUCUCGUAAUCAUAGCAACCAAAAUUUUUUUAUUAUGACAAUGGUUUUCCAUUUUGUUUAUGAAGAAAUGCAGUUUUUUAUUAGUUUGAAAGAUCAGAGGCGUAUACCUCAAUGAGGGGAUCAGCAAACAAGUACACAUCCUUGUAUAAUAAAUAUAUUGCAAUAUUUGGAUUUGAUUUUGUAGCUUCCUGUUGAGUAUGGUGGAGCAGAGGGUAAAUGUAUGUAUAUUGACACAGAAGGAACAUUCAGACCUGAGAGACUGGUAGCUGUAGCUGAUAGGUAACAAUAUACAGUGGACUAAAACAGACAUCUAAGUACACUGUACAGUCAACUCUUGCCUCGCGGACACCCCGCUAUAAAGGACCCCCAAUAAAACGGACAGCAGCUAAAUCUCCGGCGAAGACAAAUUACAGACGUUUGACUGGAAUAAACUCCCACUAUUAUGGACUCUCACUGAUGAGAACACUACCUUAAGGUCCCUACAGUGUCCUCAAUAAAUGGAGUUGACUGUAUGUAGAACUUUAUAGUGAUUUUACAGUAAUAUUCUUGUUGAUACAUGUACUAAAGAAUGAAAGUCCCCUACACUACAAUAUCAAAUAAAUCCAGACAUGUACAGAGUGUUUGUGCAUGCANAAUGGAGUUGACUGUAUGUAGAACUUUAUAGUGAUUUUACAGUAAUAUUCUUGUUGAUACAUGUACUAAAGAAUGAAAGUCCCCUACACUACAAUAUCAAAUAAAUCCAGACAUGUACAGAGUGUUUGUGCAUGCAUUGACUUACACAUACAACGAUGAUAAUAAAUGGUAGGGACUCUGAAAUGAUUGUUUUUGUCUUACUCACUGUCCUUCAGGUAUGGGUUGAGAGGCGAAGAAGUGCUUGACAAUGUAGCUUAUGCUCGAGCCUAUAAUUCAGACCACCAAUCACAGCUCUUGCUAAAUGCAGCUGCCAUGUUGGCUGAGUCAAGGUACAUUAUCUGAAUGUAUUGAUCAAUAUAAUAAUUCAAUAGUACUAGCAUAAUAUAUAACAUAUUAUUAUUUUUAAUAAUAAUAAUGAUAAUAAUAAUAAUACAAUAUUAUAGUGCGCUCAUUCCCAAUGGUCCAAAAGCGCUUUACAUAAUAUGUAAUAAUAACUGUUUUAUUGUAUUGUUGAGUUCUGACUUUCUAAAUUGCAUUUAACUGCAUAAUACAAUAAUUCAAUAUAUUUAAUGAAAUUGUAAUACAUUUGUACAAGAUCAAUAAAAGGGUAGCAUUUAAAUAUAAUAAAAUGUAAUAGUAUUAUAAUGUCUUUUCAAGUACAUGUAUAUACAAAUAAAAAUGUCACUAUUUGUAAGAUUAUAGUAAAUUAAAUAUUAUUAAGUUUUAAUACACUAUUGGUAUUAUUGUUAUGUAAUUUUUUUAAAAAAUAGGCUGUAAACCAAGUGCCAGAAAAAGGCUGAAUUGUAACCAUCACAGUAACUCACUAAAAUUAAUAACAAGUUAGGGAUGGAGUUACAGGGGUUUAUCUGACCUAGUCCUAUCCAACAGGUUUUGCCAGUGGCUGUGUUAACCAUUACAUAUGAUAUUGUUCCAUCUUGUCAGAUAUGCUCUCUUGAUAGUGGACAGUGCAACAGCAUUAUAUCGUACAGACUACUCAGGAAGAGGAGAACUCUCAGCUCGUCAGAUGCACCUGGCACGGUUUUUGAGGACCCUUCUUAAACUUGCAGAUGAGGUAAGAAGCGGUAAAGACUUGGCUGAUAAAAUACAAUAUGUUAAUCUUCAAUCUUAAAUGCAAUCUGCAAUCUGAUUUGGGUGAAUACCUACAUGUAUGCUUACUAAACUACAUUAAGUACCUGUUAACUGUACAUUGUAUUCAUUUCCUCUUCCGUCGUCAAAUAAUUUCCAAUGCAGCUUGUUCAGUUUAUGCUACAGGGUAUAAUCAUCUCAUGCAGAGUUAUGACAGUGGGUCAUUACAUGAUCUUAGACCAACUAGAACAUGCAGGUUGCCUUUAAUAAUCGCACGCAUAAUAUCCAAAAAAAUUUCAUGGACUAAAGAAUAUAAACUAAAAAUUCACUUUUUGGUCAGUUUGGUGUUGCUGUAGUUAUAACAAACCAAGUGGUAGCUCAGGUGGAUGGAGCAUCUAUGUUUCAAGCAGAUCCUAAAAAGCCAAUUGGUGGCAACAUUAUGGCUCAUGCCUCUACAACAAGGUAA